UUUACAUACAAGCUUUUCUAGUUUCCAGUUUCUAUUUUCUAGUUUCAGUUUCUAGUUUCUACUUAUACAUCAUCUCAUCUCUCAACCUCUUUCUCUCUCUAGAAUGGCAGACACAGACAAUAUUGGCCAAGAUGUACCAGGGUUCAAGCUUUUUGGCACAACAAUUCCACUCCAAGGAAGACAAGUAAGAGAGGAGAGUUCUAAGAGUACAGUAGAUACAAUAGAGAGAAGGCCAGAGAAGAUCAUCCCAUGUCCAAGGUGCAAAAGCAUGGAGACUAAGUUCUGUUACUUCAACAAUUACAACGUUAAUCAACCCAGGCACUUCUGUAAGGGAUGCCAGAGAUACUGGACUGCCGGCGGGACACUUCGGAACGUACCAGUUGGUGCCGGACGGCGGAAAACUAAGCCAUCAUGUGAAGGGUCAACUGGGUUCUUUGAAAACUGUCUGUUUGAUGCACCAGCAGUGAAUCAGUUUGAGUUGGAAGGGGUGGUGGAGCAGUGGCGUUUGGCCACCACUAGAGGUGGUUCUCAGCAUGUUUUUCCGGGAAAGAGGCGGAGCAACAGCUCAACUGGUCAAAUAUGUUGAAUUUCUUGUGCUUCAAAGCUAAUUGAAAAUUUGAAACUUUGCUAGGAGACUGGUAUUAGUCAAUUAUUAACCUUCUGAUCAGUUCUGUCCACCAUGAAAGUAUAUCCAAUUCAAUUAAUAUGGUAGCACAUGAUCAAGACAUGUUGAAGGAUCAUGAAACAAUCUCAAUAUUUUGAUAACUAGAGUAUAAACAUAUUCUCUUUCCCAAUUAUA